UUUGGCGAAGCCUCACAUGUCAUUGCCUUUGUCAAUCAAUACAAACACAGACCAAAUAAAUGGGAAAAAAAGUAGAACACAAAAAGCAAAGGCAAAAGAUAUCACAACGAAGAUUCAAGAACACCCACCUGAAAUUUUUUUGAACUUUUUUCCACUCAUCACCAUCUUCAAUUCCCUUUCUUCCCCGCAAACCCCUUUUCUUUCCCCCUCUUUUCUCAACAAAUCCCCCCAAAUUUUGCUCUCUUUUCAGCUCUCUUUAUGAUUUACGUUUCCAUUUUCUGUAUCAAUGGAUGUUUCUGCUACCAAAAGAAGGCUCCUCAAAGUCAUCUUCCUCGGUGACAGUGGAGUUGGAAAGACUUCUUUGAUGAAUCGAUAUGUGUAUAAGAAGUUUAAUCUACAGUAUAAAGCAACAAUUGGUGCUGACUUUAUGACAAAGGAGCUACGGAUUGAUGACCAACUUGUCACAUUGCAAGUUUGGGACACAGCUGGGCAGGAAAGGUUUCAAAGUCUAGGGGCUGCAUUUUACAGAGGAGCAGAUUGCUGUGUUUUUGUUUAUGAUGUGAACGUGACCAAAUCAUUUGAAUCACUAAGCAGUUGGCAUGAGGAGUUUCUCAAACAGGCCGAGCCAGCCGAUCCAAAAGCAUUCCCCUUUCUUUUACUCGGGAACAAGAUUGAUGUAGACGAUGGACAUAGCCGAGCCGUCUCAGAGAAAAGAGCAAGACAAUGGUGUGAUUCUAGGGGUAGCAUGCCAUACUUUGAGACUUCAGCAAAACAGGAUUAUAAUGUCAAUGAAGCAUUUAUUUGCAUUGCAAAAGCUGCGUUAACCAACGAAGAAGAGCAAGAACCUUACUUUGAAAGUAUUUCGGAGUCUGUGUCAGAGGUGGAGACAAGAGGAGGAGGUGGUUGUGCUUGUUAAUAUUUGUCUUCUACAAAUUCAACAACCUUAACAUCGACUUUUUGAUUGAUUUGAGCUCUCUUCCUUAAUAAAUAUGUUUUAUUCUUUGAGUUAUUUAUUCCAUUUUAUGUAAAUUAGUAUUUAUGGUGACAUUUCUCUUUUUCUUUCUUGAGAAUUUCUGAAAACAAUUUAUUUAAGUCGGUAAAGAACAAAUAAAAUUCUUUGGUUAAACUUCCAUUAAAAGGGAGGUAGACUUCUUCAA